AUGGUAAAGGUUCAACAGUGUGUGGUGUCUAACAAGUUACCUAGGAAGAGGCCAUAUAUUUGUAAUAUCUGCUUUAAGCAUUUUGAAACACCAUCAAAAUUAGCCAGACAUUAUCUUAUUCACACUGGUCAAAAGCCAUUUGAAUGCCAUGUGUGUCAUAAAACUUUUAGGCAACUAGUUCAUCUGGAAAGACAUCAACUAACUCACAAGCUGCCAUUUAAAUGCAGUAUUUGUCAGCGACACUUUAAAAAUCUAAUAACCUUCUUGAAACAUCAGCAGCUCCACAAUGAAACUUACCAGAAUGAUGUUAAGCAAGUCAAAAGAUUGGUGGAAACCAAACAAGAAAAGCCAACUUAUGGGAUAUACCGUUCUUUUUCAACAGAAGAGAAGUGGGUAUUACACUCGUCCUCCAAGUCAGAUCAUGUGUAUGGCACUGCAAGGAGGAGAAAGAAAAUCCAUGCAUGUGAUACCUGCAGCAAGAUGUUUCCAUCACGCUCAAAGCUGGAAAGGCAUUUACUUAUUCAUACUGGCCAGAAACCUUUUAAGUGUUCUCUUUGCAGUAAAUCGUUUAGACAGUCAACUCAUUUGAAAAUCCAUCAGUUAACACAUACAGAAGAGAGACCUUUUCAGUGUUGUUUUUGUCAAAAGGGAUUUAAGAUUCAGAGCAAACUUCUAAAGCAUAAACAAAUUCAUACGAGAAAAAAGAAUUUUCAGACUAUUUCCUUCAAGAAAAAGAGUCCAGAGCCACGCUCAGUACCAAUUAAACUAAAUUUAAAGCAGGAUGGUUUUGAAAAUGGUGACACACAGGAACCAGAGGGGAAUGCUCCAUUUGAUGUUGACUCUAUUUAUAUUGUUCCUUUUCAAUGUCCAGAAUGUGAGCAGUGUUUUGAAUCAGAGCAGAUUCUCAGUGUACACAAAUGUUUGCAUGUUGGAGAUGGUAAAAGUACAAAAAGCAUCAAAAGAAACCACAACUACAAAACUAAUGUUAAAGGUAAAGUUUUAAGUAAGCUUAGGCGUCCUGGGGAUAAGCAGUUAGAUGCCUUUCGGUCUGACAAAAAGAAAUUUAAAACUAGGUUCUUGAAAAAUCGUGAUCUUCUGGGGGAACAAAGCUCUGAUCAGAAUGCCUCACCUAAAACAUUUAAGACUCCUCAUGGCAAAUUUGGGUCUUAUAAGAAAGUUAGUAGCAGUAAAAAGAAAAGGCACUUGCCAUUUUCCUGGCAAAAGCAACUGCAGAGCCCUAGUGCAGAAAUCAAUUUGAAAGGUACUAUUAAUAGUGAAGGUAUUUUAAAUGUAGAUGAUUCCAUGAAUAACGACCUAAUUUAUGGUCCAUCUGGUGAGGAAUUCUUUGAUGAUCCAGAAGCGCUUCAGCGUGCUCUUUCAGCUCCCACUGACAAUAUGCAUACAAGACAUAAAAUGUGUCCAUGUGACAAAUGUGAGAAGGUCUUUCCUUCAAUAUCCAAACUUCAAAGACACUAUCUAAUUCACACUGGACAGAGACCUUUUGGCUGUAACGUUUGUGGGAAGUCGUUUAGACAGUCAGCUCACUUAAAAAGGCAUAAGCUAACUCAUAUUGAAAAAAUCCCUUUUAAGAGACCUAUUUACCAAGUAGAAUUUGAAAAUUUAAACAAACUUUUCACUCAUCAAGGAGAUAAUUCUCAGUUGAUGGGUUAUUCUGAAGGUUCUGAUACUCAAGAAUAUAAGAUGACUGACUCAAGUGAAAUAUCAGAAUUCAAAGUUAGUACAGAAUCAGGGGAUUUCAUUCUUGUCACCCAUGGUAGAAACAUGCAGCCCUAUCUAUCUAAGAAACUACUGGAGACAGAGCAGAGGCAUUAUAGCCGUUACCACGGCUAUUCAGGAAGUAGUGAGAAGAAUGAAGGCCUGCUUUACCAGUGUAGCGUUUGUUUUAAAAGUUUCAGGUCUCCAUCCAAACUUGAAAGACACUACUUAAUACAUGCAGGACAGAAGCCAUUUGAAUGUUCGGUGUGUGGCAAAACUUUUAGACAGGCACCCCACUGGAAGAGACACCAGCUUACUCAUUUCAAAGAACGACCAUAGCAAAAAAUGGUUGUCUUAAAUUUGGACAUAUGACUGAUGGAGUUGCCAACAUAAUUGGUGCUAGGCAGACCACUGGCAGUAUCCCUGGAGAUUUUGUUUUUAAAGUCUGUUGUAUUUGGAAUGUGUAAUUAUCAGUGGGUCUACUUUAGCUGAAAGGCAGGGACUAUGUCUUAUUCAUCUUUGUAUGCAUGCCUUUCAGCACCUAGCAUAGUGCCUUGCAUAUACCAGGCCUCAAGUGUUUGUUGAAUUGAAUGGAAUUAAUUGAGUGAAUUAAUAUGCAAUUGCUUGUCAUGCAUGGUAAGGUCAUAGGAUGAGAAAAUAGUAAAUAUAUUGUUUGAGUAUCUACUCACUUUUUUAAAAAAAAGAUACUUGAGUGUCCAGUGUUUUAUUUUGAUGUUGCAAAUAUAUGUGGUGGAAAUAUUAAAAGUAUUAUUG